ACAGCUGCGCAGUAUUAUUGUGCAAAAGUACACAUAUGUAGUAGUGACGAUUGUCAAUCGCAUCAGCUGUUUAAUUUUUGAGGUUAUGUUGAAUUUGUUAUAACUGCUAUUUUUUUUAAUUUAUCGAUGUUUGCCACGGGAAAUGUCAACCGAUUUGGAAAAGGCGGACAGUCGUACGCUACUUGAGUUGAAAAAGCAUAUCAAAGCUGACUCCAAAGUUCACAUUCACAGCUGCUUGACUCGCGUCAAAGAGAACCAACAAUGCUGCAAGCGCUUCAUCAAGGCUGGUGGUCUCAAAUUUUUGGUACAGCUUCUGCGAUAUCAGGAUCAAAAGGUUAUCAAUGCCGCACUCAGCAUCCUUGCCAAUGUUUGUCUCAAUUCGGAUGUGAGGCAGCAGGUGCAAGACACCAAUAUUGUGUCCUAUACUUUAUGGAUUUUAAAUAAUCUUGAAGUAGGUGAUACUUUGCACUGUCGAGCUUGUAGAUUAAUUGGUAAUCUCUCGGACUGCAUUUCAUAUGCUAAAGCAUUUUACAAUGCAGGUGCUAUACAAUCUUUGAAUUAUGUCUUGCGUACGAAAGCUAAUCAACAAACUUAUACAAUGGCCAUUAGAGCAAUAAGAAAUAUAUGGAGCAUUUACGAUGGCAGUCAUAGAAAAGUUAUAGAGAGUGGAGUUAUCAAAUCCAUAACGUCAAUCUUCAUAAGUGCAGGAAAGAAAACUGAAUCUAAAUAUACAGAUUUGUCAGAAGCCUGCAUGAAAGCAUUUUUAGCUUUUCUAAACAGCUGUAGUAAUGAGUGUGCCAAUCAAAUGAUAGGAGAAAAGCAAGAGGGUUUCAAAACUCUGAUGAAGUUUUAUGAAGCUCAAAAUAAAUUAGCGAUAAAGUGCAUCUAUUGUUUAACCGCGAUACCAGAAUGCAGACCUCUGCUUGGGGACUGCGACGUUGUCGAAGCCACAGUGCUUCUUGUGCAAGGCUGUUCGUUUUAUUUAAAAGAAAUCAUAGCUUGUCUGUGUUUGUUUUGUCGCGAAGCUGUUAAUCGUAUUCGAAUUCGUUAUUGUUACGGUUUGCAAGUUAUCCUUGAUCUGCUAAGAAAAGAAGAUCACGAAAGGUAUCAUCCAUUGUUGUUGCACGGUUUGGCACAGUUUAUUUGCGAUGACGAAAGUAUUUUAAUUAUGGUGAAGAAUGGUCUGCUUGAUGUUUUAACUAACAAGUUACAAAAAAUGUCCAUUGAGUUGCCUGACGAUGCAGAUGAAAAAGCAACGCCCAAAAAACGCACGGCAGAUCGAUCGCCGUAUAGAAAAGGAGACCUCAAGUAUAAUAGAACCCAUUUAGGAAGAUUUAGUUCGGAUUAUCCGCAAGACAAUUUAAGUCCAAGAAGUAGGAGAAGCGAUUUAUUAACACCGCCGAGUACACCGCCCAUGAAGCUAUUAGGUGGGGAUGAAGAUACUGACGAUGUUGCUGAAGAAAACUACAGUCCCGUGUGCAGCGACAAUGAGUGGAGCGAUCAAGAGCCGCAAGAAGAAGUGGAAUCGUUGAAAAGUUUUUCUUCUGCCACAGUCGAAGUUGAAGAAGCUCAGGAGAAAGUUUCGAAAACCGAAUUGAACAAACACAUCAACGCGUGGACUCUCGUAUUACUCAGUAAAUUAAGUUACUCGGAUGAUCCAAUCGAUAGGCUCGCCGAUCCAGCUACAAUUGGACCUCUUGCCACUUACGUGAGAUUAGCGAAAAAUCCAAAAGCUUCACGUAUACUCGUUAGGAUAGUCAAAAACAAAGCCUAUUUGAUGCCGUUAAUAAAACAAGGCUUCGUCUUUGAGGUGCAAAAUCUAAGUGGUCACGAACAGUAUACUCGACAAUUGUGUGCACUCGCAGAAACUGGUGGCGCAGUGGGGGAGCUCGCGUCGAUUUUACUGAGAGGACAAGAAACUCAUCGUUCCGUUAUCGCCCUAUCUAUACCAUUUCUCAUUAAGUCCAAAGACCUACUUCGACAGUUGUUGAAUACUUACGGUGGUCUGCCACUCAUUUUCGACGCGCUGUCGGACAGUGAGCACAGUCUACACAAAGAGGCUAUCUGGUCGAUUUGCCAGCUUGCCGACUCACUGGAUGUGCGACCUGAGGGAAUCGAUAAGAAUCAGUCUUCUGAGAAUGGUUUUAUUUAUCACGAUACUAGUCUGCAUGGCGUAGAAAAUUACGUGAAACCAUCAACCGUAACAUUCGAAUUAGAUGAUGGCUCAACGGUGGACGCUUGUCGACGGUUACUUUGUCAACGGUCCGACGCUUUUUCAGCCAUGCUUGAAGGCAAUUUUUCCGAAUCUGGCAAGCGAUGUGUCAAGUUACGGAACACUUCUAGAGAGGGUCUAAAUACUCUUCUUCUCGCAGCUAAUGGGUCUGACUUUAACCAUCGUACGAUAGAAUCCUUACUCGAUGCUGUCGUACUUGCUGACAAAUUCCUCAUGGCCGAUAUCUCAGAGUUACUUACCGAAAGUUCCAUCUCCAAACUCAAUUACGAAAACUGUUGCCGAGCUUGGUCAUGGGCACGUACCAAUCAGUGCAGCGAAUUAAGACUUUGUUGCGUUAAAAGUUUUCUAACGACAAACAUGACUAGAGCUGAGAGGAUUAGAGCAUUCAACGAGUUUUCUACAAGCGAAAACUUCAAGGAAUUUUUAGAUGAAAUCCUGGAAAUUAUCAGCGGUGUGCUCCUACGGCGUUGAAAAAACUUACAGGUACAACAUUGGAUAAUAUUAUUAAGGGUACGAUUUUCGCUCACCCGAAAACCUUGAAAAGUACGCGUGACAAGUUGUAUGUAAAAUACAGCAACUUUAAAUCAAAACUAGCCAGUGAUUUUCGGAAAGCUGAAGAAGUUGAUCAUCUCUGCAUAGGUGUAGAAAAACUAAGAAAAUUGCAUCAUUUUAGGAGCGGUUGAAUCACGUAAACUUUUCAAGCGCUAUAAAGGUUAGAGAAAAGUUUUGUAGGUGACCUUUUUAAUACCAUUAUUUAGAACUGAAUUCAUGUACAUUUUAUAAAUAUGGAGUUUUAUUAUUAUAACUCAUAAAUUUAACUUUGAAUAUGAUUAAAAUACGAAUAAUACAUUUAUUUUCAAUAAUGUUUUACUCUAAUGCAGGAAACAUUUUUAGACUCGAAAAGCUUGUGCGAAAGUGUACAAUGUUAUAUAAAGUUCUAUUAUCGGUUGAAGUUCUAGUAAUUACAGUUUAUAAAUGAUUAAGUUAAGAUUUCCUCUCUAAAAUUCAUAGAUAUCUUAAUAUAAAGAAUAUGAAUGUAUAUUCGAAUACAAGUUUGUCUGAUGAUGAAUUUAUUUUUGAAACUUAAAUGCAUUCAUUCAAAGGCAUAAUAAAUAUUUUAUUGCAUAAAAUCUUGAAGCCUUCUGUAACAUCCUCAGCAUAUAUUGCAUAACUUACUUACAAAAUCUAUCUUGUUUUAAAACAGUACGUAUUGAUAUUUUCAACCCAUGUUAUAAAAUAAUUUAAUUUUUCUUAUAUGUUAUUUGUACAUUAGUCUAUUUGUUAAAGAUGAAAUAAAUCUAUAGUAUUAGUUUUCGUCGUAUUAAUCUCGUAAUCUGUUAUUUUUAUAUAAAUUUGUGGUUUCGAUGAAAUGACAAAUGGAAAUUCGACUUUGUUCAUAGCUAAUCCUUUCCAAUAACUCACUUGCAAAAAUGGUUAUGUGAACGUGCUGCUAAUUCUAUUGUAUAUCAACCUUAUUCUAUAAAAUAUCGUCUAAUAAAUGCAAUUGAAUUAUAUCAAUAUUCUCACUUGUGCAUAAUAAAAGAAUCUACGACACAUUUGUACAUAAUUUGAGGCCAUACUAUUCGCCCGUAUUAUAAAUCAAUCGAGUAUUUGAGCAAUUUUUUUUUAUAUAUAACGAUAGGAACAAUGUUUAUCCAUAGUUAAAUUAAUAUGUUCUCUAUCAUAUCGAUGUAACUGAAAUAGUUUUAUUCAUGUUCGAUAACUAAUGAAGAAAAUUGAAUUGAAAUUAAUUUAGUUGUAUAUUUUGUUUGGAAUUAAUUAUUUGUAUUAUUUAAAGGCAUACA